AUGUCGUCCAGCUCUCAACAACCCGACAAUGGUCAGUCGAAGAACUCCAACAAGAAGAACGACUCGAUCGAAUCUCCACCUCUAGUCUACCUUACCGACAAAUGGAUCCAAGAACUCACACAGCGCAUCCGCGCCCGCCCCAUCCCGUGGGAAGGCUACCAUCGGGCCGAUCUUCUCUCGGCUGAAGAACUCAAAAUGAUCAAAUCCGUCGAUGCCAUUGUCAUCGGUCAAAACCGUUCCAAGCUGGAUCCUCUUCUUGAUGAACAUGGUCCCGACUAUGUCUCUCUCUACCUUCGCCUCCUUUCAAAACUCAGCCGCACUGACACUCUACAGCAAAUCCUGGUGCUCAUUGACGACAUGCUUUUGGAUCGAGAUGAUAGGUUGCAACUCUUCUUGUCGCUCCAUGGACAAGAGGAACAAGAUGGAGUAGGAUUCCCUUGGAAGCCUUUCGUGAAGCUGUUGGAUGUACCGGAUGACUUUGUUCAGAUCAAGUCGGCUCAGUUCUUGACCUUGUUGUUGGUCUUUUCAGCUAGUCAUUCUGAUCAGCCAAACCCUCCGGAUUCGGUGCUGCCAAGGCUGUUGACUUUCCUUUCGAGCAGCUUGAAGGCUGCUUGUGUCAAGCCAAACAACGGUGGAAACGGUGGUGGUGGUGGUGACAACACUCGCAACCAGUCCAGCGGUAACAACAACAACAACAACAACAACAGCAACAACGCUUCAUCGUCACCUGCUUCCCGACGUUCCUCUCCUGAAUUUGCUGAAGGCAAUGGCCCCGAAAUCGCCCUUGUCCUCCUUGAAGCACUGCUCCGCACGCAAAAGUACCGCCAGGAAGCUUGGGAAUAUGACGUAGGCCGUAUGGGCCAGACACCCUUAUCCUCGGGCAAAGCUAAAGCCGUUUCCGACUCAGACCAAGGCCAAGAAGAAAGCGAGGAUAUCGAUCGAGGAUUUCUCUCCGAACUAGCCCACAUCCUCCGUCUUUCCAAUGUUCCUGCUAGUUCCUCGUUCAACUCUCCCGCUGGGUCUGGGUCUGCCACUCCUUCUCGCUCCGGUAUUGCUUCUUCUGCCGCCUCAACUCUCGUCGCAGGUGCCACUAACGCAACGAACAGAGCUGGAACGCAGAUCAUCUAUCAAACAGUUCUCUGCUUCUGGUUGCUCUCGUUCCAUCCCGAGAUCGCUGCCGAACUCAAUGUCAAGCUCGGCCUUAUCCCUCUCCUUGCCGACGUGGCGAGAAGUGCGGUUAAAGAAAAGGUCACUCGAGUUACAGUUGCUACGCUUCGAAACAUUCUAGCUAAAUCACCUGAAGCGAACGCUCCAGUAAUGCUCGGUGCAAAGUGUCUCACACUCUCGGAGAAUCUUCUCAGCAGAAAAUGGUCCGAUGAAGAAAUCGAAGAAGACCUCAACUACAUCAGCGAUGAACUAACGGAGAAAUUAAAGACGAUGACUACUUGGGACGAGUACCUCUCCGAACUGCAAUCCGGACAACUUUCUUUCGAAUCUCCGGUUCACGAGUUGGAUGAGUUUUGGAAAGAAAACGCUCCCAAGUUCGUCCAAGAAGAUGGUAAAGUCCUAAAGCAGCUAGUAACCGUCUUGAAGGAGAGCGAGGAUUCGACGACGCUUGCUGUCGGUUGUAGUGAUCUAGGUAAGUUCGUCCACUUCUUCGAACAGGGAAAGAAGAGGGUGAGUGAUUUAGGCGCCAAGGGGAGGGUGAUGGAAUUAAUGUCUCAUCCUGAUGCAAAUGUCAAGUAUUAUGCGGUUCAUACCGUGGGUAAGUUGGUUUCUGCUAGCUGGCGUUAA